AGUAUUUGAGUGGUGCUAAGCCGUUACUGGAACCAUUAAGAAAGAGCUGUAUCGAGGGUUUAGACCGGUUGUAAAUAGGUAUAUAGAUUCAAUAUACUCGAUUCAUUGGUCAAACCCCGGAAAAAUGUCAUGGAAGGAUCUUAUUUUUUCCAGGCGUAUAAAUAGAACAAACCCCGAUAAACCGUUGAGUAAAACAAUGGACGUUGGGCUGGACGGUUUGGGGCCGGACUAUGAAAUGGGAAGUAUAAAAGGAGUCCAUGAACCGGUGAGUUUAUCGAAUAUUCAUUACAAACCACUAUACCAAUACAAAGCAAAAUGUUAAGAGUCGCUGCUGAUAAAACCGAAUUUAAAUAUGAUCAACUGGAUAAAAUCAUCAUGUAUGAUUUAGCCUUCAGUCCAUAUCCUUCAAGAGUUCAUAUUGCUUUAUAUGAAAAGGGAUUACACGAUUUAGUUGAAACCAAGACUGUUGAUUUUUUCAAAGGAGAAAAUAAACAAGAAUGGUUUAAACAAAAAAAUUACUCUACUAGUUUACCAGUCUUUGAAUUCAAAGAUGGUAGUUGUUUAUCUGAAACCAUAUCCAUGAUUGAGUUUAUUGACAGGUUGGGUGAACCAACCUUGACUGGGUUCAAUAUGAUGGAACAAUCAGUUAUUUCAAUGAUGACUAGAAAAGUUGAAAAUGAAAUCUUGGGUGCUUUUGUUCAGUAUUUCCGUAAUGCACAAGAAAACCCCCAAUUUGCUGAAACCCAAAAGACCAAGGUUUUAGAUGGGCUCAAGUACGUUGAUGGGAUCUUGAGUGCCAAUGAGUAUGUUUGCGGGGAUAGAUUUACCCAAGCAGAUAUUGCGUUGGUUGGUGCUUUUAUUCUUGCUGAUAUGAUCAAGUUUGAAGUUCCAAAACACCAAGCUUUAUGGAAAUGGUACACCAAGGUUUGUGAACGUCCAAGUAUCAAGACCCACUACCAAGCCACCAACAAGCAAUUACCUCAAUAAAUAGUUAUAUAAACAGCUUAUAUAUACACGUUCUUAUCACGUAUUAGCGAAAAAAAUGUCAGUAAACGAUGUAUAUCGUAUUAAGCCGUAUUAUGGUUAUACGGUGAAUGUACAUAAACGCGUGAAAUUUCC